AUGCAGCCAGGGGCGACUACGUGCACAGAGGACCGCAUCCAGCACGCCCUGGAGCGCUGCCUGCACGGACUGAGCCUCAACCGCCGCCGCUCCACCUCCUGGUCAGCCGGGCUGUGUCUGAACUGCUGGAGCCUGCAGGAGCUGGUCAGCAGGGACCCAGGCCACUUCCUCAUCCUCCUGGAGCAGAUCCUGCGGAAGACACGAGAGGUCCAAGAGAAGGGCUCCUAUGACCUCUUCACACCCCUGGCCCUGCUCUUCUACUCCACUGUCCUCUCUACCCCGCACUUCCCGCCAGACUCGGACCUUCUUCUGAAAGCGGCCGGCACUUACCACCGGUUCCUGACCUGGCCCGUUCCCUACUGCAGCAUCAGCCAGGAGCUGCUCACCUUCAUCGACGCUGAGCUCAAAGCCCCAGGAAUCUCUUACCAGCGGCUGGUGAGGGCUGAGCAGGGCCUGUCCAUUCGGAAUCACCGCAGCUCCACUGUCACCGUGCUGCUGCUGAACCCCGUGGAGGUGCAGGCGGAGUUCCUGGCUGUGGCCAACAAGCUGAGCGCGCCCGGGCACUCGCCCCACAGCGCCUACAUCACGCUGCUCCUGCACGCCUUCCAGGCCACCUUCGGGGCCCACUGCGACCUCGCGGGGCUGCACGGCCGGCUGCAGGCCAAGACCCUGGCCGAGCUGGAGGACAUCUACACGGAGACGGCGGAGGCCCAGGAGCUGGCAGCCCGCAUCGGGGACGCCGCCGAGGCCCGGAAGUGGCUCAGGACCAAGCUGAAGGCGGUGGGGGAGAAAGCCGGCUUCCCAGGCGUCUUAGAUACGGCGAACCCCGGCAAGCUCCGCACCAUCCCCAUCCCGGUCGCCAGGUGCUACACCUACAGCUGGAAGCAGGACAGCUUCGACGUCCUGACGGAGAUGCUGCUCAAGGAACAGGAGCUACUGCAGCCCGGGCUCCUGGGGGACGACGAGGAGGAAGAGGAGGAGGAGGAGGAGGAGGAGGAGGAGGAGGAAGAGGAGGAAGAGGAAGAGGAGGAGGACUUGGAAACGGACGGGCCGUGCGCCCAGAGGGACUCGCUGUUUUCCAUCAGCUCGGAGGCCUCCCGGGACUCCGCCCUGAGCCUCGCCUCCUCCCAGGCCUCGGGGGCCACCCUGUCCAGCCAGCUGCUGAGCUCCUUCGUGUCGGGCCUGUCGGACGGCGUGGACAGCGGCUACGUGGAUGACAGCGAGGAGAGCUCCCCGGAGUGGCCCCGGAGGCCGGGCGGCCGGGGGCGGCGGGGCUACCGCAGGCCCGGGCCCAAGUUCAACCGCAUCUACAAACUGUUCAAGAGCACCAGCCAGCUGGUGCUGCGGAGGGAUUCCCGGGGCCUGGAGGGCGGCCCGGACGCGGCCCUGCCCCUGCGGCGGGCCGGCAGCCUCUGCAGCCCCCUGGACGGCCCGGCGCCGCCCCCCGCCCGCGCCCAGCGCUCCCGCUCGCUGCCGCAGCCCAAGCUCGGCGCCCAGCUGCCCAGCUGGCUCCUGGCGCCCGCCUCGCGCCACCAGCGCCGCCGCCCCUUCCUCAGCGGGGACGAGGACCCCAAGGCCUCCACCCUCCGCGUGGUGGUCUUCGGCUCCGACCGGAUCUCGGGGAAGGUCGCCCGGGCCUACAGCAACCUGCGGAUGCUGGAGAGCAACCGCCCCCUCCUCACCCGGUUCUUCAAGCUGCAGUUUUUCUACGUGCCCAUGAAGCGGAGCCCCGCCUGCAAGGCCCCCCGGAGCCAGACACCGCCCCCGCCCCCCGAGUCCCCGAGGCACCCCCUCCCCACAGAGCUGGGCCCUGCCCAGUGGGAGGAGAGCACCAACGACAUCUCUCACUACCUCGGCAUGCUCGACCCCUGGUAUGAGCGCAACGUGCUGGGCCUCAUGCACCUGCCCCCCGAGGUCCUGUGCCAGCAGUCCCUGAAGGAGGACUCCCGGCCCCUGGAGGGCUCGCCCGCCCAGCUGCCCAUCCUGGCCGACAUGCUGCUCUACUACUGCCGCUUCGCUGCUAGGCCGGUGCUGCUGCAGGUCUACCAGACGGAGCUGACCUUCAUCACCGGGGAGCAGGCCACGGAGAUCUUCAUCCACUCCCUGGAGCUGGGCCACUCCGCUGCCACGCGAGCCAUCAAGGCUUCAGGUCCUGGCAGCAAGAGGCUGGGCAUCGAUGGGGACCGGGAGGCCGUCCCGCUAACACUACAGAUAAUCUACAGCAAGGGGGCCAUCAGCGGACGGAGUCGCUGGUGUAACAUGGAGAAGGUCUGCACCUCCAUCAACCUCAACAAGGCAUGCCGGAAGCAGGAGGAGCUAGACUCCGGUGUCGAGUCCCUGACGCUAAACCUGACGGAAGUGGUGAAGAGGCAAAACUCCAAAUCCAAGAAGGGCUUUAACCAGAUCAGCACCUCGCAGAUCAAAGUGGACAAGGUGCAGAUCAUCGGCUCCAAAAGCUGCCCGUUCGCCGUGUGCCUGGACCAGGACGAGAGGAAGAUCCUGCAGAGUGUGGUCAGGUGUGAGGUCUCGCCUUGCUACAAGCCAGAGAAGAGCAGCAGCCCCUGCCCCCAGCCCCAGAGGGCGCCCCACUCGCCAGCCCAGGCCACGCCCGAUCUCUGCUCCCUCCUCUGCCUGCCCAUCAUGACUUUCAGCGGAGCUCUGCCCUAG